AUGUCAUAUUUGACAAGUAGCACGAGCGCUGAUGAUAAUGAUGAAAACAUGAUAGUCGACAAUGAAUCAUCUAAAAAGUUACUUAAUGAACAAAAGAACUUAAUUUAUAAACAUCCCUUAUUUCCAUUCUUAGUCUAUGUGUUAGAAAAAUGUGAAGAUGCCACUUUAAACCCACUAUUAAUAUACAAAGAACAAAAAUCACCAAAUACAUUUGAAUAUGACAUUAAAACAUUUUUACAAAAAAAUAUUAUGGAUCAAGAGACGAUAAAAAUGUGUAAAAACGAUAGUUCAACACAAUCUAUAAACGAUUUUUUCAUCCAUGCUAUACAAGUACUACGCAUACAUUUAUUGGAAUUAGAAAAAGUGAAUGAAUUAUGUAAAGAUUUUUGUCAACGUUAUAUUGCUUGCCUGAAAUUGAAACUAAACUUUAAAAGUAGUGUGGAAGAAGAAGAUGAUUACAGUUCAGAUGAUUACCCUACAGAAAACGAAAGCGAUGAUAACGAACAAAUAACUGAUGAAGAGGAGAACAAUAACGAACGAUUGAUAAUCCGGAAAAGGUCCAAGAAAAAUGAUAGUGAGACCUAUUCUUCAAAUGAGGAGAUUGAUGAUGAUGAACAACCAAAUCAUUGCAAAGAAAAGUUUACACGUUUAACGAAUCCUUCAAGUUACCAUUAUCAAGAGAGUUCGUUAACAUCUUUCACAGAUAUUAGAGCAAGAGAGAAUGUCUAUGACAAUAGUAAAUCGCGACUGACGACCAAACCGUUACUUAACGGCGAGACACCAUUGUCACAAAUUAUUGGAAGUUCAUCUAAUGAACAACUACUAUCCUCCUACCAGUCUCAUUCUAAUUACUCGUUAAAAUCUCUCUAUACGAAUAAAGAUGAUAACGAUACUAUUUCAACAUCAAUAAAUACAAAACGAAAACGAAAACAAUUGCUUCUUAUGUCAACAAUAGCUUCAUCACAAGCAGCAGCAAAACGAGGAGUUUUACCUAAAUCUGCCACAAAUAUAAUGCGUUCGUGGUUAUUUCAACAUAUUGUUCAUCCGUAUCCAACUGAAGAUGAGAAACGCCAUAUUUCAUCUAAAACAAAUUUAUCAUUAUUGCAAGUCAACAACUGGUUUAUUAACGCACGAAGACGGAUUUUACAGCCAAUGUUAGAAGCCAGCAAUCCCGAUCUGAUCUUAGCAAAAAAGAAAAGAUAUCAUCAUCAAGAACUAGACACUAACGAAGAAGUCAAUGAUACUGGUAACAACAACAACAAACAAUUUCCAAAUAGUCGUUAUUGGCCAUCCAAUUUAACAUUGAUUAACAAACAACAGUCUCCAGAUAAGCAUGGAAAGAAAAAAUGA